AACAUGGAGAUUGCUACCACUCUUCUUGUUCUUUGCUCUGUGAUAGUCUCACAUGGAGCUCAAGGUUGGUGGGACACAUGGACCACAGUAGAUCCCUGGGGUACAGAUGACCCAUCAGGCACCAAUGCCCAAUGUGGUGGCUACCUGACUGCAUCAAAAGGACAAUUCAACAGCCCCAAUUACCCCAGCAACUACCCCAACAAUGCCUACUGUACAUGGAACAUUCAGACCACGUCGGGGAGCCAAAUAGUUCAGCUGCAAUUCCUCUAUGUCAAUCUUGAGGGUGACUUCAACUGUAGGUAUGAUUCCAUCUCUGUGUACGAUGGCUAUUCCUCCUACAACCGACUCCUGGGAAAGCUGUGUGGAGGACAGAGCUCAACCUUUUACUCCACCGGAAGUUCAAUAACUGUGCAAUUCACAAGUGACAGCUCUUCAACGUACAAGGGGUUUCAAGCAGAGUAUCGUGUAGUAGAUGGAGGUUCUUGUAGUUACAACUGUGGCUAUCAGGUUGGCAACUGCUCCUGCUCAUCUUUCUGUGAAUACAGGGGCAACUGUUGCCAGGACUAUCUACAGAACUGCUAUGGCACAACCGUAGAACCUGAAACCACAGGUGCAGUUACAACAGCAGAUCCAACUCCUGCAGUAACCGAAGAUUAUUAUUCCUGUGAGUACAACUGUGGCUACAAUGGCAUGGUCUGCUCCUGCACCUCAUCAUGUCAAAACCAAGGCAACUGUUGUCAUGAUUAUUAUGAUUAUUGCCAGAGUACAACAGACAUACCUACCCACACAGCUCAGCCUUCCUGUAGGUACAACUGUGGUUAUAAUCUUGGAAGCUGUUCCUGCUCCAUCUCCUGUCAAUACUAUGGCAACUGUUGCUAUGACUACAAUGAGAACUGCUAUGAGACAACCGUAGAAUCUGAAACCACAGGUGCAGUUACAACAGCAGAUCCAACUCCUGCAGUAACCGAAGAUUGGAAUUCCUGUUGGGACAACUGUGGCUCCAAUGGCAUGAUCUGCUCCUGCACCUCAUCCUGUCGAAACCAGGGCAACUGUUGUUAUGACUAUUAUGAUUAUUGCCAGAGCUCAACAGACGCACCUGUGUCCACAGCCACAGUAGGUUGGGGUUCCUGUAGAUACAACUGUGGCUCUUAUGUCGGUGGUUGCUCCUGCACCUCAUCCUGUCGAUACUAUGGCAAUUGCUGUCAUGACUACAAUGAUUAUUGCGAGAGCACAACAUACGUACCUGCUACGACCCCAGAGGCUUCCUGUAGGUACAACUGUGGUUACACUCUUGGAAGUUGUUCCUGCUCCAGCUCCUGUCAAUACUAUGGCAACUGUUGCUAUGACUAUAACACGUACUGCCCCACCACCCCACCAGACCCAACAGUCUCAGGGACUCACCCCACCUGCGGAGGAAACCUGCAUGGCUCUGGGUCCAUCUCCAGUCCAUACUAUCCAGAAUAUUACCAUGACAACGCCUAUUGUGUCUGGCAUCUAUCGGCCCCCUCUGGCCAAAGGAUCUUCCUGUCAUUUACUGACCUGGAGUUGGAGAACUGCUGCUCUUGUGAUUACAUCUCUGUGUACGAUGGAUCGUCUGUGGACUCUCGAAUGCUAGGCACAAUCUGUGACUUCAACAACGGCACCUCUUUGACUGCCUACCACUCCACCUCUAACUACAUGACAGUUCUCUUCCGCUCUGACCAAUCAAUGGUCAGCAGGGGCUUCAGGGCCGUGUUCAGCAGCUCCCUCGCAUCAAACCAAGGUCGAGUGGACUGCUCCUCAGACAACAUGAACAUAGUGAUCCAGAGAUCCUACCUGAUCUCAAUGGGCUACGAUGGCUACAAUCUGUACCUGAACGACCAGCAUUGUAGACCUCAGGUCAACAGCUACCAGGUGGUGUUCAGCUUCCCAAUUAACACCUGUGGGACCCAGCAAAUGUUUGAGAAUGGGAGAGUCCAGUACACCAACGCCGUCCGUGCCUACCGGUCUGACUCAGGCGAGAUCACACGCCAGUCUCAUUUUCUGCUGCAAGUGGAGUGUCGCAUGGAGCAGGACACCAUGGUCCAGAUUAUGUAUGAGACCGAGUUUCAGGGUAACGGUACCAUAACAGGCACAGGCAGAUUCAACGGCACCAUGGCUUUCUUUACAAACAGCAACUUCUAUACCGAGAUAACCGAGACUCCAUACAAGAUCACCCUCAACCAGAACAUGUACGUCCAGGUCCGUCUGAGGAGGUUAGACAGCAGUCUACAUCUGUUCCUGGACACCUGUGUUGCCUCUCCCUCGCCUCAUGACUUCCAAACCAGAUCAUACGACCUGGUGCGCAACGGAUGUAGGAGGGACCCCACCUACUACUCCUACACCUCUGGUACCAGUAGCUAUGCCCGCUUCACCUUCCAGGCUUUCAAGUUCCUGCGAGCCCAUGAUUCAGUGUACCUGCAGUGUAAAGUCACCAUCUGCCAAGCCUCUGACUACAACUCCCGCUGCCGCCGAGGCUGCCGCACCCGCAAGGCCAGGGACUUGGGAUCCUCCCAGGAGAGCCACACCCUGGUCCUGGGCCCCAUCCAGCUCAAAGAUCUGGAGAAGCCAGAUGAGAAAGUGGCUGAGAAGGAGGAGAUCCAGGCUAAGGUGGAACCUUCAGACUAAGCUGACCAGCCUCAACUAACUAUAGUAAUCAUUAAUACUAUCAUUCUGAUUAAUUUCACCUUAGGCAAUGAAGUAGCCAAUAUUCACUGCUACUGUACACUAUAAUCUUCUAUCCCUUUGCUACUUUGGCUAAAUUAUUAAAAGCAUUCUCAAAAGACAA